AUGACAGUAGAUCAACAGGAGUUCAAGAACAUAGUGAUUAUAGGUGCUUCAAUAGCAGGACACGAAGCUGCCAAUCAUCUUUCAUCCAACUUACCACCCAACUAUCGGAUCUUGUUAAUCGAUGCGAGAAGUUUCGCUUGGUGGCCUAUUACCGUUCUAAGAGCGGUUGUGACUCCAGGGACACCCCAUCAGGUUAUAGCUCCUAAUAAGGUGAUAUCACUCAAAGAGUGUUCGGUGGUGUUGGAAAGACCGUUCGAGGGGUCCAAUGAAGUACCUUUCUUUCGAUGUGUCAUUGCUACGGGAGCAUCGCAACCUCUCCCCACGAUGCCAGGAUGGAAUCAGACCGAAACUGAAUUCAUCGAAUCGCUCAAAGCUUCUCAGAGGGAUGUAGAGAAAGCUAAGAAAGUGGUGGUUGUAGGGGGUGGUGCGGUAGGAGUUGAAAUUUCAGGCGAAAUAGCCGCUCAUCAUCCUGAUAAAUCAGUUACCGUGGUUCAUAAAGAUUACGGAUUACUUUCACCUACACCUCCAAAUGAGAUCCAAGCGAAGGUCCAAAAGGGUGGUAAGGAGGUUGGAAGUUACUCUUCUCCACCUACUGAUCCUAGAUUAUCAAUAGAGUUGAACAAGAUAUGUGAUAAAUUGGGUAUAAAAGUUAUAUUGAAUGAUCGAGUGAUCAUACCUCCUUGUGCUUCUUCGUAUCUUCCAAAAGAAGUAAAAGACGAGGAAGAUAAUGAAUACGGACAAAUCGAAAAUGCCCAUGGAAAUCCUGAGGAAGGUCAAAUGAUUCCCAGUGAAAGCGAAAUUGAAGGGAAUCCACCAAAAGCAUGGAACGGUCAAUUCGGCUUACAACCUUCCCUCGUCUCACUCAAAUUGACGAGCGGUCAAACUCUCGAAGCAGAUUAUGUAUAUCCUGGAUGCGGGAUGAAACCCAAUUCGAGACUUGUCAGAGAUGUGGAUGAGGGUGCUUUGGAUGGCGAUCUAAUUAGAGUUAACGAGUAUCUCAAAGUAGCAACAAACAACUCAGGAGAAUCUAUUUUUAGUAAAGGAAUAUAUUACGCUGUGGGAGAUGUAUGUUCAAGUCCCGGUUUCAAAAUCGCUAGAACGGCGAUUGUGAAUGCACAAAAGGCAGCAACCAAUAUAAUCAACGAAAUCAAAAAGAAGCCAUUAAGUAAAUAUAGUGCAGGUCCAAUCUCACAUCUUGACCUUCCACUAGGUCCCAAUGAAGGUGCAGGAAUGACGACUUUCGGAUGGCUCGGGACAUGGGUAUUCGGGUCGAGGUUUACUACUAUGAUUAGAGGGAAGACAUCGGGGACGGAAAGGAUCUUUGUAGGCAGGUUUAGGGGUGAGAAGAGGAGUGAGAUUGUUUUUGAUUGA